AUGCGGGAUGUUAUAUUUGUAGGUGUGCGUGCAUCCCUGACACCUGUUAGAGCGGGGCCACUGCCCCGUGCUGAGCAGCAGGAGCGGCGGCUCCGGCCGCGCUCGGUCCGUGCUCAGCCCCGGGGUGGGUGCUCAGAGCGGUCCCGGCUGCUGCCGCCGACACACCGGCACACGAGCCGCCUCCCAAAACCCCGGAGGGCGGCCAAGUGGCCGCGGAUGUGCGGAGGCGGCCAAGUGGCCGUGGAUGCGCGGAGGCGGCCAAGUGGCCGCCGGAUGCGCGGAGGCGGCCAAGUGCCGUGGAUGCGCGGAGGCGGCCAAGUGGCCGUGGAUGCGCGGAGCGCUGUCCCCGUGGGCUGCCCGGGCGCAGCUCCCCGCCGAUGGGGAUGUGCCGCUCCCCAGGUAAGCGCCGGCCGGGGUUUAGCGCGGCUCGUCCCGGGCUGGGUGGGUGCCUGCGCUGCCCGGGCCGAGCCAACGCUGCUCUUCUCUCCCCCUCAGCCCGGGAAGCGCCGCGGGAGCGCGGAGCAGCGCCGGCCUCGCCGCGGCCGUGCAGGUGAGGAUGCGGGCCGGGCAUCGGGGCACCUCAGUGGGGAGAUCGGGCCCCAAAAAGAGAGCGUCCACCACAUUGCAUCCAGGGCUCAUGAGGCUGAUGGCUCAGGUGGUGCCAGGCUUCGCAGUGCUGCUGCCCGGGAAGAGCCCUCUGAGGGGCUGGCGAUGCGGGAUGGAGGGAUGGAUGUUCUGGAAUCUGGAUUGGCAGUUUAUAACACUUCACCUACAGCAAUGUCCUUGUCUCGCAACAGGAGAAUUCACAGGAUGAAAUGUGGACCAUCCAAUGCACUUGCAUGUUUUAAUGGAGGUGAGUGUGCCUACAGGGAGCAGUGCGACUGCAGUCGGUUUAAUGCGACGGGACCGAGGUGCCAGACAGUGUACAACACAGGUGCUGAAAGAGAUCAUAUAUGCAGGACAUGGGGCCAGUAUAAUUUUGAAACUUUUGAUGGACUCUAUUAUUACUUUUCUGGGAAAUCCACGUAUGCCCUUGUGAGACACGCUGAAUUAGAUGAACAGAGCUUCUCCAUACAGGUGAAUAAUGAUCCUGAAUGCCAUUCUUUUCCUUAUUCCUGCAAGAGGUCCAUUAGUUUAUUCUUUUCUGGAGAUGAACAGAUAAAGAUGAGCAGUGAAGUCACCUAUAAAGGAUUUAGAGUGCAAUUACCUUAUGUUAUUGGAAACUUACACAUCCAGAAACUGGCUGGAUACUUCCUGGUCAGGCACCAGUAUGCCUUCACCCUGGCUUGGGAUGGUACCUCUGCAGUGUACAUCAAAAUGGCACCAGAGUACCUGGGCAAAACCCAUGGACUGUGUGGAAACAAUAAUGCUAUUCUUCAGGAUGAUCUGGAAACCAGCUAUGGAAAACUGACAGAUGAUGUAACAGAAUUCGUAGAGAGCUGGCAGGAAAAUCCUCCACAAGGAACGCCCAACUGGGAUAAAUCUCUUCUCAAUGAACCACCGUGCCUGACACAAAGCCAUGAAUCUCUGCAGAGGGCAUAUGCUCUGUGUAAUAUCCUGUUACAUCCCCCAUUUAAACAAUGUCAUGAGUAUGUGAGUCCUCUUUCUUUUAUGGCAAGCUGCACAAAUGAUCUCUGCAUGUCAGCAGCUGAUGAUGCUACUUGGUGUCGAGCCCUCACUGAGUAUGCCAGAGCGUGUGCCCAAGCAGGACAGCCACUCCAUGGAUGGCGAGUGCACUUCCAGCAGUGUGUCAUUACCUGUGCUGAGCCCUUGACCUACAGUGAGUGCAUCAACUGCUGCCCAGUUUCGUGUCACCAGCAAUCCCAGUGUGUUGGCAGUGAGCUCCACUGCAUCGAUGGCUGCUACUGCCCAGAGGGCUUAAUUUAUGAAAAUGAAUUGUGUGUCAAGCCUACAGACUGUCCUUGUGACUACCAUGGAAGUUUCUUUCAAAUGGGUUCAGUGGUCUACGAAGAGUGUAAUAACUGCACCUGCGUUGGAGGAAAGUGGAUCUGUACAAAUUUUACAUGUCCAGCUGAGUGCUCAGUUUCAGGGGACACUCACUUGGUGACCUUUGAUGGGCGCAGAUACACGUUCCAAGCCACCUGCCAGUACAUCCUGGCCAAGAGCCGCACGUCCGGGAUGUUCACCAUCUCCUUGCAAAAUGCUCCUUGUGGACAGAACCAGGAUGGAUCAUGUAUCCAAUCUGUCAGCCUUAUUCUUAAGCAGGACCCCAAGAGGCAAGUGACUCUGACUCAUUCAGGAGAUGUUUUGAUCUAUGACCAGUACAAAAUUAACCUGCCUUAUGCAGAUGAGUUAUUUGAAAUAAGGAAACUCUCCUCUGUAUAUCUGCAAGUGAAGACACAGAUGGGGUUGCAGAUCCUCUACGACAGAGAGGGACUGAGGCUUUACCUGCAAGUGGAUGAACGGUGGAAGGAUGACACCGUGGGCCUUUGUGGAACCUUCAAUGGAAACACAGAGGAUGAUUUUCUAUCUCCAGCUGGAGUAACAGAGAGCACUCCAGAGCUGUUUGGCAACACGUGGAAAACUUCAUCGGCGUGCGUUCUUGUGCACGACAGCUCGCAGGUGGAUCCCUGUGAUGUUCAUCUGCAGGCAGCCUCUUAUGCAGCGGAAGCUUGUAGCAUCCUUACGAAAGAUCUUUUUGCUCCAUGCUACCCCUAUUUGAGUCCUGUUCCCUAUUUUGAGCAGUGCAGAAGAGACACUUGCAAAUGUGGACAGACUUGUUUUUGCUCUGCUCUGGCUCACUACGCUCAUCAUUGCCGAAGGUUUGGAGUUGUAAUCGAUUUCAGAGGAGCUGUCCCAGAUUGUGCUCUUUCAUGUGAAGACACAAAGGAGUACAGUACUUGUGUGUCUACCUGUGGCAGAACCUGCCAAGCACUGUCUGUGCCAGAGACAUGCAGCAGUGAUUGUGUUGAAGGCUGUGCUUGUCCCCCUGGAAUGUAUUUGGAUACCAAGGCAGAGCGAUGCGUACGGAGAAAUGAAUGCCCAUGUUAUUUUCAAGGAAUUGACUAUCCCCCUGGAGAACAUGUCAUGACAUCUUUAGGAAAAUGCCACUGCAGGGAUGGUGUAAUGAACUGUGAUAACAACAUAAUAGCACACCACUGCCCAGCUGGACAGAUUUAUAUUAACUGCAGUAAUCCACAAGUGGAUCCUGAGCUCAGCAGAGAGAGGACUUGUGAGAACCAGCUGCUAAACCUCACUUUCUCAGCACACCUUCCUUGUGUGUCAGGCUGUGUCUGCCCACCAGGCAUUUGCCAGCACGGGUCGUUCCAGUGCACCUUCCAGCCCUGCCCGUCGAUGUGCACGGCGUACGGGGACCGGCACUACCGCACCUUCGACGGACUCACCUUCGACUUCCUUGGAACCUGUAAGGUCUACCUAGUUAAGGGUACUUCUUCAACCAGUCUUUCUGUCAUUACAGAGAAUAUUGACUGCUUUAGUACUGGAAUCAUUUGCAGAAAAAACAUUUUCAUUAAUGUUGGAAAGUCUUUUUUAGUAUUUGAUGAUGAAACUGGAAAUCCAAGCUUAUCUAGUUACAUAGAUGGCCUACAAAAAAUGCAGCUAUGGAAAGCUGGAUUUUUCACUGUUGUUCAUUUUCCUGAUGAACAUAUCACCAUUCUUUGGGAUCAGAGAACAACAGUUCACGUGCAGAUGGGUCAUCAGUGGCAGGGAGAAUUGACUGGAUUAUGUGGAAAUUUUGAUUUGAAGACAGUAAAUGAACUGAGGACUCCAGAUAAUUUUGAAUUAACAAACUCACAAGAGUUUGGAAACAGUUGGACAGCUGUAGAGUGUGUUGACAGCUCUGACAUUCGAAAUCCGUGCAGUUUGAACCCCCUUAGAGAGCCAUUUGCCAAGAAGGAAUGUGGGAUACUGCUAAGUGAAGCAUUUGAAGCUUGCCACCCAGUGAUUGACGUCACCUGGUUUUAUUCCAACUGCUUGACAGACACCUGUGGUUGUAACCAAGGUGGUGACUGCGAGUGUUUCUGUACCAGUGUCUCAGCAUAUGCCCACCAGUGCUGCCAGCAGGGAGUUGCUGUGGACUGGAGGUCUCCCAGAGUGUGUCCUUAUGAUUGUGAAUAUUUCAACAAAGCUCUGGGAAAAGGCCCAUACAAGCUGGUCAGCUAUUUGGAUGGAAAGCUUGUAAUAGCAGCAAAAUUGGUGGAUGGUGUUGUUUACCCUGUGAAAGAAGAUGAUAUUGUUCCUGGGCAUGUAGUGAGCUUUAUGCUGACUUCAGGACUUUAUAAACCCAAAGCACAUGAUUCCAGCUUGAUUUCAUUUGAAACAGCUGAGAGACCAAAUUAUUUUCUUCAGCUGGCCUCCAAUAAUACUCUUGUUGUUUCUAAAUGGAAAAAAAUGGAAGAUUUUCACAACAGAUCUACGUUUGUCAUUCACAAGAAUACGUGGCUUUCGGGAUACAGUUCCUUUGAGUCAUUUGCAAAACCAGGAUAUUUCAUCCACAUUUCAGCCUCUUCCGUAGAGCUGUUGAAGUACCAUCAUUCAGAUGAGUUCAGACUGUCAACCCUCUUUAAACUUGUAGAUGUCAAAUUUAGGCUUCUGUCCCGUUCUACGUGUGAAUGGCGCUAUGAUGCCUGCACAAGCCCUUGCUUCAAGACAUGCAGGGACCCUUUGGGAAAAAACUGUCAGACAGUGCCAAAAGUGGAAGGAUGCAUCCCUGCCUGUCCUGUCAACAUGUUGCUUGAUGAAAUCACUCAAAGAUGCGUGUAUUUUGAAGACUGCAUUGAACCUGCAGAAGACAGCCCCCCUUUGCUUCUCAGCAUUCAAACCUCAGCAGUUCCACAUUUAACACCCAGUGCAAGUUUGGCAGUGAUCAGUGAAGAGGUGACUUCAUUUCCCGUACCUGAAGCAAAGGACACAGAAACUCCACUUGCUACAGAAUUGCAACUCACUGCAAUUACAGGGAAACCAGAAAUUUCAUCUAUUACAUCCAAUAAAACGCUUCCAACCUUAACUUUGUCACCAAAUAUUUCUUCACAGUCAACAGAAAUGACAUCUGGGAGAAGCACUACAGCAAUGACUGGGACAACAAAAUCUAAUGUCAGCUUGUCUGCUUCUGUUGACAUUUCUCCUUUGUUUCCAUCUACUUUCAGUUCAGAAACUUCCACAGGGAUACAGCUGGUCAGUAGUGGCUCCACUAAACUGCCGAGGGCUACAGAACCUCAGACAGCAACUGCUACACAUGCAGUGACCACAAGAACAGAAUCAGAGAGCAAACCAGCGGCUACUUCUGUUUCUACUGGGGCACCACUUAGAACAACAGAAAUGCCAGUCAAAACUAAAAUAAUGGAGUUAUCAGAAAUGGCCACAAGAACACUUCCCACAAAAGAAGCACAAGUGAAACAAGAAGGACUUACAACAUUUACACCCAGUUCAUUUGAACCAAGAACAGAAAAAACUACUGCAUAUGUGCAUAUGUUUCCUACAUCACCUCUGGAUGUGUCUUCAUAUACACCACCAGUAAACUUAACAGGAGCUUCAGAAGGGACAAAAAUAAGUGUAGAACAGUCUUUUACCACAGUAGCUAAUGUUACAGUGACAUCAUUUUCUCCUAUACUCACUACUUCGUCUUUGUUAAAGCCAGUGUCUUCAGCAACAACAGAAGCAGCAGCUGUUCUAACCAAACAGAGGGUGACUACAUUUUCACCAACAUCCACACCACCUCUUUCAUUAGGAAAGACAACUACAGAACCUCCUUUUGGCAUGGUUCAACACCUGACUGGUACCCCAGAGGUUCUUUUCACUACAACUCUAGGUCCAAAGAUGACAACUCUACAAACCCAAGAGAGAUCAUCAGAAACAACAUCAUUUACAACUCCUAAAAAGGAAAUUCCAAAAAUAACAUCUCAUGUGGAGCAUACAUCAAGUUCUUAUUUCCCUCCCUAUUCACCACAUCCUAGUUCUAGUACUGAAAAAUCCUCCAUUCUUUCUACAAAGAGACCUGCAGUGUCUGCCCCUACUCCCGCUUCUCCACCUUCAGGUGAAUUAAAAAAAACAUUUAAAACUGUUUCAACUACUGGAUAUCCCUUGCACAUGGUUCUAAACACAACUGAGUUCCUGACUACAUUGUACACUAAAUAUCCUGUCAUGGCUGAGACUAUCAGUGUGACACCUUUGUCUGUUAAGGUAGCAUCCAAAAUAACAUCUCCUCUUGAAAUGGCCACAAAGUCAACUUUGUUUUCUGGAAAAAUAUCUACUGAAUACAAGUCAGCUCUGGUUUCAAGUACAGUGAGGACAAGCACUUCAGCAUAUUCAGGUAGUGUUACCACAUCAGCAAUGAAAACCAAAGAAACCAUCAAAGAAACAGCUCCUUUUGUAGCCACAGAAAGAGAAUCACUUCAGAGAACAUCCAUCACUGGAUCUCCAUUUGCUCUCCUUAGUGGGACUGAAACCACGUUGCUGACAACACAGCCUGAUAAAUCACAAAUAGAAAGUAUUACUACCAUCUCUACUGGAAAGCCAUCUGCUUUGUCUUUUUCACCAUCAGGUGCUCUAAUCACUUUAAACAUUUCUCUUCCUUCACUACCCUCAGAUGCAAAAGAAGCAUUGCUGACAACUCUCAGUCCCAUGCAUGCAUCCCAUGAAAUAUUUCCAGUAACAAAGUCUUCUUACACUUUCUCCACCUCUGAGUAUAUGGGAGAUAAAUUAUUUUCUUCACCUUCUUUGACACAACUGCUACCAGAAGUAACAACUGCACCAAAAUACUCAGUAGAAACUAAAAUGGUUUCUACAGCAUUAAAACCUGCAGUCCAAAGUAUAACAGAAGCAGUGAAACUUCCAGAAGCUGCAGCUCAGCCAUCCCUGCCUCCAUCUUCAGCAGGGCCCUUCUCCUUGCAGACAUCUUCAGGAGCUAAACUUUCAGUGCAGACCACAAGGACCACCAUUGUACCACCUUCUACUCAGAAGACUACAGAACUUGGUCAUCAGACCUCUGGACCUUCAUUGUCAAGCCAGGUUCUCCAGUAUCCUGCAGAGUCUCUAACAAAACCCCCUGGUCAGACACAACCUGUUUUUAGCACAACUGAAGCUACAGUAGGACUGAGUUCCUUACACCCCUUGGAGACCUCCCUGCCUGAAGGCACUCAUUCAACUGUGCUACCUACCUCAGUAGGUCCUACCAAAGUUAUUUUACCAACUCAAAAGUAUUUGCAUUUAACUGAUACAGUCACACAGCCACUUGUGUCAAGAACUUCUGGAAAAACAGCUGACUUGAUUUUUGGCACCAGAUUUCCCCCUCACUCACCAGAAGUGCUUGCUCCUUCCUCUUCUUUAACAACGAUUAGAAAAGAAACUUUUCCUUCAUUUUCCACGCAAAAGGCAGCUACAGAUCUAAAAUUCACACAUCAGGCCUCGUUUACUAAAUCCCUUGAUUCAAAACAAACACUUGAAGCAUCACUCUCACCAGAUUCUGAGUCCACCUCUUCAGUGGUUUUGCUCCCAGGAACAACAGAAAUUCCUGUUGCGUCGGGACCCACAUCAAGGAGAAGUGGUACAGAGGAAACUGUGGUGCUGCCUAAGCAGGUCACACCUUCAGCCAGCACCUACAGUUCCAUCAUCCCACCAAGGACAGCCUUGCCCACUGAGGCCCAUUCAUCAGCUGCAGCUUCAGCCUCUCCAGCAAUGAGCAGUGCUGGGCAGAACCUCAGCAUUGCAUCAGCAGCUUCAGACAGAGCAGCAGCAGGCACAGAGCCCAUCUCCAGCUCUCUUCCUGCUCCUACAGAGGCAAAAGGAGCCAUGCCCCUGGACACAGUAAAGUCUGAAGAGUCGGGAUUAACAACAGGAUUCCAGUCUGUCCUUACUCAGGGUGUUGCUGUUACACCUCACACAUCUCACCCUCCCUCUUUAACAAACACAACUUCCCUUCUGUCCCCUGUACAUUCACCUGCUGAAUAUGAACCACUUUCUUCUACAGCUCCAUCAUCAGUCAGUGCUACUCAAACUUCAAAAUUUGAAAUAACAUCCGAGGUGAAAACACCUUCUGUGAGCUCACUGCUAAUGAUAUCUGAUCAUCCAAAUGACACAGCAGCUCCAUCAGUUUCCUCAUUUACUUCAUCUACCAAACCACUUCAUGGCUUGACUACAACAUUUUCUGAUGGAUUGACAAUAGCUGAAGCCAUGGCAGGAGCUGCAGCAUCACCUUUUACAUUGCCUCAAGAAACAGCAACUCUUCAAACUUGUACACCAAUCACAGAGAGUGAGUGCAUAAAACACAUUUGUUUGGAUGGACAACUGAUCCAGGUUAACAAGUCACAGAACUGCCCAUACAAUGCUACUCAGCCCAGCUGUGGAGUUUUAGGAUUUGCUACUCAAACAAAUGGUGACAAAUGCUGCCCAAAGUGGGAAUGUGCAUGUCGUUGCACCAUUUUCUCUGAUCUGAGCAUUGUAACCUAUGAUGGAAAUCAUUUGGCUUUAUUCAAAGAAGCAUCCUACAUUGUUAGUCAAACUCCAGAUGAAACUAUAACCAUCCAUGUCCUUGACUGUAGAAUGAGUAAUUCAAACUCCACUUCUUUGUGCCUGGCAAUGUUGAACCUAACUUACAUAUCAAACCAAAUCAUUAUCAAUCGUUUAAGCAGAAAAAUAACAGUAAAUUCAAGAUCUGCUUGGCCUACUGUUAGAAAAUAUGGAUACAAAGUUGAAGAUUCAGGCUUCAAAUAUGCAAUUGAGACUCCAACAAAAACCAGAAUUCAGUGGUUUCACAACACGGGUGUAAUGAUUAUUGAGUUGAAUAGAACCAGAGAGCCAGGAGCUUUGGGACUAUGUGGGUUUUGUGAUAGAAGCUUGGAAAAUGACUUGAUGCUACCCAACAGGACAGUUUUAAGCCAGAGAAGUUCACCCUCGACUUUUAUAGACAGCUGGCAAGUGCCAGACACGUUGAAGUAUGUUGGAGAAGACAGGCAUCAGGAAACUAAUUGCUCAGUCAUGGACUGCUCAGAGUGCUUAAGAAUGGUGUUGAACCAGACCUUCAGCAGCUGUCACCCUUAUAUUCCACCUGAGCAAUUCUGUGAUAUAUGGGCUCGAGACACUGACUACAUCCGAAAUCCAUGUGUUUCACUAGCUGCCUAUGUGGCAAUGUGCAACAAGUUCAAUAUUUGCAUAGAGUGGAGGAGCUCUGAUUACUGCCCCUUCCCCUGCUCUGAAAACUUCUCCUACCAGCCUUGCAUAGCUGCCUGUGAGGUUCCAGAGAGCUGUCAGAAUAAGGAGGCUGCUGCUCUGGACUCAGAGUCCUGCUCAGUGCUGACAGAAGGCUGUGUCUGUGCUGCAGGGACCAUCCUUCACCGGACUCAUACUGCUGUCUGUAUUCCUGAAGAAAAAUGUGCUUGUACAGACAGCUCAGGAACACCUCAUGCCGUGGGCGAGACCUGGAGAACUUCUUUGAGUGGCUGCUGCAUGCAAAAGUGUGUUGACAGUGAGACCAUUAUUCCAGUGGAGCACAACUGUUCAGAGGUCCACGAUUUGGAGUGUCAGCGAUUUGCAGAAGUGGCCUUGCUUGUUCCUGAUGAUCAGACAUGCUGUCCUCAGAAGAUCUGUAUUUGUAAUCAGAGUCUCUGUGAACUCCUAAUCCCUGAGUGUAGCAGCUUGGAAAAGUUGGUCACCUACUACAGUGAGGAAUCCUGUUGUCCCAGCUACGUUUGUGAAUGUGAUCCAGAAAAAUGUGAACCACUGGAGCAGAUGCCAAGCUGUCAAGAUGAUCAAACACUAAUUGCUGCUCGGGUGGAGAAUACCUGCUGCAUUUCCUACAUAUGUGCAUGUGGGGCUUGCUCAGAUCAAAUUCCCAAAUGCCAAGAAGGAGAAGUUCUCAUUGUGGACGGAAACACUACUGACAGGUGUUGCCCUACAUACCAGUGCAUCUGUGAAAUGCAUCGCUGUCCUGAAUUCAGAUGCGUGCUGGGCAUGUCCCUGGUGGAGGUGUGGAGCCCGGAGCAGUGCUGCCCCUUCCGCACUUGUGAAUGUGCGUGCGAAACAAUACCCAAACCUCAGUGCAAACUGGGGCAGAAACUUCAGAUAGACGAACUGUUUCAGAACAGUACAGAAAAUGUCUGUAACUGUGUGAAGUACAAAUGUGUGAGAGACAAAGUUUGCCUGAGUAACGAGAGAGGCGUGCUGCUUCCUGGGCAGAGAAUCGUGGAGCACAGUGCAGAUGGCAUUUGCCAUAUUUCCUAUUGUACAAAUGUGAUUGAUCCCUCCACUAAAUACUACCAGAUAAACACGUCUUCCAUAGACUGCGCUGCCAAGUGCAAACCUAACCAAGUCUACCAGCCUCCAAAAGAUUUAACCACUUGCUGUGGUAGCUGCAAGAACUUGUCUUGUCUCCACACUUUCAGCAAUGGUACAGUAACCAGUUUUAAGCCUGGUGCUGUUUGGAUUUCAAACUGCAUCAGAUAUGAAUGCACCAACACCGCAAUAGGACCAGUUCUGGUUUCCUCUGCAGUUGGCUGCCCACCCUUUAAUGAAACUGAAUGUGUGAAGGUUGGAGGCUAUGUUGUGCCAUUCUUAGAAGGAUGCUGCAAAACAUGUUCUUCAGUGUCAGUGCUCCCAUUCCUUGUUAGCCCAGUCACUCCUACAGCCUAUGUUGGCUGUCACACAGGUAAGGAAGAUGGUAAAUUCUGUAAGAAGGUGACUGUUAGGAUGACCAUCCGCAAGAACGACUGCAGGAGUAACACACCAGUGAACAUCGUUUCGUGUGACGGAAAGUGCCCGUCCGCCAGCAUUUACAACUACAACAUCAACACCUACGCCAGGUUCUGCAAGUGCUGCAGGGAGCUGGGGCUGCAGAGGAGGACUGUGCAGCUGUACUGCACCAGCAAUUCCACCUGGGUCAGCUACUCCAUCCAGGAGCCCACAGAUUGCUCUUGCCAAUGGUCUUAA